CUGGGAGGCGGCGGCAGCAGGAUGAGAGUGAACGGGAGCGAACUGAACAGCUCCGUCCUCCCGCGGGAGCCGCCGGCCGAGGGCGCCCCGCGCCGCCCGCCCUGGGUGACCUCUACUUUGGCCGCCAUCCUCAUCUUCACCAUCGUGGUGGACCUGCUGGGCAACCUCCUGGUCAUCCUCUCCGUUUACCGCAACAAGAAGCUGCGGAACGCGGGAAAUGUGUUUGUAGUAAGCCUGGCAGUUGCAGACUUGGUUGUAGCAAUCUACCCAUAUCCACUGGUCCUCACAUCUGUAUUUCACAAUGGCUGGAAUCUGGGAUACCUGCAUUGCCAGAUUAGUGGCUUCCUGAUGGGCCUAAGUGUCAUUGGAUCAAUCUUCAAUAUUACAGGCAUCGCUAUCAAUCGGUACUGCUAUAUUUGCCACAGUCUUAAAUACGACAAGCUGUACAGCGACAAGAAUUCAUUGUGCUACGUUGUUCUUAUCUGGAUUCUAACGGUUGUUGCUAUCGUGCCCAACCUGUUUGUGGGAUCGCUACAGUAUGACCCCAGGAUUUACUCGUGUACAUUUGCACAAUCCGUGAGCUCAGCAUAUACAAUAGCCGUUGUCUUUUUCCAUUUCCUGCUGCCCAUAGCCAUAGUUACUUUCUGUUACUUGAGAAUAUGGAUCCUUGUUAUUCAGGUAAGGCGAAGGGUUAAACCAGAUAAUAACCCCAGGCUGAAACCACAUGACUUCAGAAACUUUGUAACCAUGUUUGUGGUAUUUGUACUGUUUGCAGUCUGCUGGGCUCCUUUGAAUUUUAUAGGCCUUGCCGUGGCUGUCAACCCAGAAACUAUAAUCCCUAGGAUUCCAGAAUGGUUGUUUGUAUCUAGUUAUUACAUGGCAUAUUUCAACAGCUGCCUUAAUGCUAUCAUAUAUGGACUCCUGAACCAGAACUUCAGAAGAGAAUACAAGAGAAUUAUUGUCACUCUUUGUACAGCAAAAGUUUUUUACCAAGAUAGUUCUAAUGAUGCAGGAGACAGGAUGAAAAGUAAACCUUCUCCACUGAUUACAAACAACAAUCAAGUGAAGGUGGACUCUGUCUGAAAAUGGGAAUCAUUAUUGUCGCUCAACAGCAUCCAAAUAAAGCAUGUGUUUUAUUAGACCUACUGUUUAAUAUUAUAGUGAAAUAUCUCUUCUACACUGAAAGCAGUUUGAUCAAAUUCCUUGGAUGGUAUUUGGGAACUCAAGUUACAGACCCUUGACAUACAGAUCCUAUUAUACAAUCUUAUAUCUGUCGUAUAACACAAGAUAUCCUUGAGGGAAUUACAAAAUUAUGUAUGGAAUUUAUUUUUUUUUUUAAAUGGAGAUAAACAAUUAGAAAGAAAUUGAAGCAAGUAUCCACGUUGCCAGGCUCAAUAAAAGAAGUCACAAAACUAUUCCUACCACUUUCAGCCUGCUUUUUCUGGCCAGCUUAUGGUCCUGAUUCUAAAGCCUCUGAGAACUUCUUUUAAAAGAUUAAAACAGACCUUUAUGAAAUACAUUAGGAAAUAUGAAGUGAGAAAUCAAGGUAAUUGAAAAUUCAUUAGGAUUUUUGAUAAAUAUCUCUGCCUAUAUUGCUUUGCUCCUAACAUGGACACAAUUAUUGAUUUUUUAGAGAUUAAAUCUCACCAGCCCUCCUAGGAAUGGCAUUCUCAACUGACUUCUCAAUUUUAAAAUAGCUUUUAGGAGGAGAAAUGUAUGUGACUGGUUAUCUUCAAAGCUACAAGGGCAGGAGGAUAGACAGCAAGAAAAGAAAAGAGCCAUGAAUCAUCAGCUCAAGCCAUUUGGGCAUGAAAAUACGUGUAGGAGGGUUGGGAAGAGAAAUAUAAACUACCAUUCUUUCUGAAGAGACAGUAAUUCACCAAAUCAGGAAGUGCUGCAGAGAUGUUUCUGG